AUGUCAGAACAGCCGUGCUAUUCUUGUCACGCUACGUUUCAACGGUACCCAUUACCUCCAUCCUCCCUAAUUCGUCUCCCCCGUCAUCGAUCAAAGAAAUUCCCCAAGAUCCAACAUCCGCCGACUCCUGAGACUCCAAAGGCACGAAAAGUACGAGAAGGGCGGCUGCAGGAGGUGAAAGAUGCGUUCUUGCAUAGUUGGAGAGGAUAUAAGCAAGAAGCAUGGGGGAAGGACGAAUUACGGCCCAUACAAGGCGGUUUCAAGACGCCGUUCUGCGGGUGGGCUGCCACAAUGGUCGAUUCUCUCGAUACACUAUGGAUCAUGGGCCUCAAGGAAGAAUUCGAGAUCUCGCUGGUAGAGCUGCGUAAUGUGGAUUUUACGAAUACAGAAGGUUGCAUGAUUAACCUAUUCGAGACGACGAUAAGGCAUCUGGGAGGACUGCUGGCGGCGUUUGAUAUCAGUGGCGGGAGGUAUUACGUUUUGGCGGAGAAGGCGGUGGAGCUUGCGGAGGUGCUGUAUACUGCGUUUGAUACACCAAAUCGAAUGCCUUCGCCGCAUUAUUUGUGGUCUGCAACUGACGAAUUCGCGCAUGACCAUGUGCCCAGCCAAGCCGUUGUGCUUGCCGUGCUAGGCUCCUUACAGCUUGAGUUCACGCGCCUGGCACAGAUCACUGGGAAUGAUAAAUAUUUUGACGCUGUCCAAAGGGUUAUGAACGAGCUGGAGAAAUGGCAAGACAAGACGGCCCUACCGGGCAUGUGGCCGGCUAUGGUAGAUGCUACGAAGUAUAAUCAGAGCAUUCUCAUCGGCUCACCGUACGAGGGAAGCGACGAGAUGUUCACUCUCGGUGCUUUGGCAGACUCUACCUACGAGUAUCUGCCAAAGCAACACAUGCUACUUGGCGGCCAGAUGAAAUCAUACCGAAACAUGUAUGAGAAAUUCAUCCCGGUAGCAAAGAAGCAUUUAAUGUUCCGUCCCAUGACCGUUACCGACGAGGACAUCCUCAUUUUCGGAACCAUUAAUCUCCAACUGGGCGGGGAGCCUCGACUCACCCCUGAGCUCCAACAUCUCGCUUGUUUCACUGGCGGUAUGCUCGCCAUCGCAGGCAGGAUCUUCAACCGACCUGAGGAUGUAGAAGAUGGUGCCAAGCUAGCCCAUGGGUGUGUCUGGGCAUAUCGAAACACGGUGACUGGAAUCAUGCCUGAAACAUUUACAGCAAUCCCGUGUGAGAACCGGACGAGCUGUACAUGGGACAGGCAAAAGUGGUACAAGGGCAUAGAUGCAAUGGCUGGCGAGUCCGAAAUCCGAGAGAGCAUAGCGAUGAAAAAGCUCUCACCAGGCUUCGCCAAUAUCCGGGAUGGAAGAUAUCUCUUGAGACCAGAAGCAAUUGAGUCAGUUUUCAUCCUGUACCGGACAACAGGUGAUCGCUAUUGGGCCGACAGCGGCUGGAACAUGUUCAAAGCCAUCCAAGCACAAACCGAAACGAAGCUCGCUCACUCCGCGAUUGAUAACGUGCUGAGUGGAGCCCCGAACCAGGUUGAUGAGAUGGAGUCGUUCUGGUUGGCGGAGACAUUGAAGUACUUCUAUUUGUUAUUUAGUGAGACGAGUGUGGUGAAUUUGGAUGAAUAUGUAUUGUGA